AUGGGAGCUAAAGCAUCCAAGUUAUCGAAGGAGGAUCUAACGAGUUUGAAGCAGUCGACAUAUUUUGACCGCAGGGAGAUACAGCAGUGGCACAAGGGAUUUCUGCGAGACUGCCCCAAUGGGUACUUGACCCGUGAUGACUUCAUCAGAAUAUACAAGCAAUUUUUCCCAUUUGGAUCACCAGAGGAGUUUGCUGGUCAUUUGUUUUCUGUGUUUGAUAAAGACAACAAUGGUUAUAUCGACUUCAAGGAGUUUAUAACGGUUUUAAGUACCACCUCCCGUGGAACCUUGGAGGAGAAGCUAGUUUGGGCGUUCCAACUUUACGAUUUGAAUCAUGACGGGUUCAUAACAUUUGAUGAGAUGCUAACCAUUGUGGCUAGUGUAUAUAAGAUGAUGGGGUCAAUGGUCAAGCUUGAUGAGGAUGAAGCGACACCUGAGUUGCGAGUACGAAAAGUGUUCAAAAUCAUGGACAAAGAUGAAGACGGAUAUAUUACACUGGAAGAGUUCAGAGAGGGUUCUAAAGUGGAUCCAUCGAUCAUUAGUGCAUUAAAUAUUUACGACGGUCUCGUGUAA